UCAGCAGCGGCGCCUCAUGAACGUGUGCUCUUCACUUGGCAGCGCUACGCUCAAUGCAAUGGGCUGCUCCAAGAAGUGUCCGCGCUGCCCACCUCUCACAGCUGCCAAUUCGGCGCCGCAACAAAGAUUCAAGAGGGCAGCGUGAUAGUUGAAGGUGUUGACUGUGAGAAUAGACGCAGCUCCUCCAUCAUGUUGGCCUGCCUUCAGCGAACACAGAACCCACCUUCGCAACGUUUAUCAUGUCCCAGUAAAACACUGGAAUCUAUGAAAUGUGAGUCAGUCGCACCCACGCAUUCUCCAAGGUAUCCUAGUCCAGCUGAACUUGAUGCUUAUGCCCAGAAGGUGGCUAACAGCCCACUAACAAUCAAGAUCUUUCCUACAAAUAUCAGGGUUCCUCAGCAUAAACACCUUAACAGGACUGUAAAUGGCUAUGAUACAACAGGACAACGAUACAGUCCAUACCCUACACAGUCUGGAGGAUAUCAGGGUCUUUUAGCAAUUGUGAAGGUGCACAGUAAAAGUGUGGUGAAAAACACAGAUGGCAAGAGGACACGAAUGUCCCCAGCACAAGUUGGAAAUGGCAACAUUGGAUCCUACCCGGUGCCAAGCACUUUAGCGCAGAGUCAAUCGUGUACUGGGCAAACAAGUUACCACAAUGGCCAGAAGUCUUUGGAAGGACCUGCUCCACCUAAUGUAACGGUUGCCACAUCUGUUAUUCCUAUAGGAGGACGUAGCUUGGCUCUACAGCAGUCAAAUCUCCCUUCAAUUCAAAGUAUCAUCUACCAGAUCAACCAGCAAUGCCAGGCUCAGGCAUCACAACAAGCUUCAACUGCAGUCUGUCAAGGCUCUCUUGUCACCAAUCCAAGUCCAAUCACAGUAGCCAGCCGCAAUACAGUCAAUGGCUUUACUAGCAUGAUUAAUGGAAGUGUGAUGUAUGCUGGAAAUGUUGUGUCUGAAUGCCGUGGAGGAGCAGAGUUGACAGCUGCUUCGGGUUUAGCCUCUGCAGCAGGUCCUAAACCUGGGGCCUAUCCAGAUGGAAUGGAUUAUUUACUAUGGCAACAGAAACAACAAAUCCGUAUAUAUUCUGGCAGUGGUGGUGGGGGAAUAAUAAGUAAAUCACCAGAGGUUUGUGGUGUCCCACGACCAUACACUUUGGCACCUACUGUUGAAAAAGUCCCUUCAUCUCCCUUGAACUGUGUGGGCAUGCACUGCAAUUUUUCAACGGGGCAGUAUUUGGCUGCCCCUUGGAACAGCGUACUCGUGACACCAGACAGUGACUGUUAUAACCCACAGGACCUCACAAAUGGCCACCGUGACCUUGUUCAUCCUUCAGAUGGGCUCACCAGUGUCUCAAGUAGAACGCUGUGUAAUACCUCUAUCCUCAGCAGUAGUCUGCAGUCACUGGAAUAUUUGAUCAAUGACAUUCACCCUCCCUGCAUUAAAGAGCAAAUGUUGGGUAAAGGAUAUGAGACUGUGUCAGUACCUCGAUUAUUGGACCACCAAAAUGCUCACAUUCGACUACCUGUUUACAGAUAGAGAAUUGCAGUUUGGAAAAAAUAGAAUGAUAGUGUUAAAUCUUUUAUAGAUAUACACACAAGCCUCCAGCCUCAAUACAGCAAUCAAAGGCAAAUGGAAGUCAAGUGUUUAAAAUGUUCCAGGGAUUACAAGAUGGUGAAAUGAGUUUGGUUUGGACAAAAGUAUCGAAUCUACCGAUGUCAACAAUGAAAGGGAUGGCUUUUUUAAAAAAAAUUACAAUAAAACGGGGAUUGGGGAUUAGCAUUGGACACUAGAGAGCAAGAUGCUAUCAGAAAUGUGCAGAAAGCUUUGCCAUGUCUGCUGAUGAGUCUGCAUGCAGAAAAAUUUAAAUUUCGAAUCCUGCGCUGAAUUCUGUGACCAUGUAGUCCCAGGAUCCUCGCCAUGGUCGCUUCAUCAUUGUCAUCUUCAAUUUGCUGUGGUUUCAAAAGAUGAGCUACUGCCUAAAUCCUAGUGGAGAGUCGUUAUUGCACUGUAUUGGAAUAAAGAUAAACAUGGGGACUGACCAGAAAAUUAUAAAAGAAAGUAACUUGGAAAACUUGAACCUAAUUCUUUAACUCUUAUUUGCAAUUUUAAUUGUGUUGGCUGCUACAACAAAUAACUUAUACUUUUAAGUUUUUAAAAAAAUUAAGAUAAUUUCACUUUAGGGAAUUGCUAGUUUUUAAAGUGUUUUUGUAAUGAAAUAUAUACCCACAUUGUGCUAAAAUAGCAUAACAAGCUGUGAGAAGGUAUAAGGGUUGAUGGUCUUGAUAAAUGCACUCAAGAAGAAUGUGCUACACAUUUAUUGAUAUUUCCAUAGGACGAGGAAACACAUUAGAUGUAAAUGAAUUUGUAAGAGCACAUUCCUACAAAAGCAGAUUGUGUGUGUAUAUACUGGCCCUUUUGUUUUAACUUUCUAUGUUGGAGGGGGAGGAAAAGAAAGUCCUCUUGUGCAUUGCAGAAUAUCCCGAUAUGGAGAGCUGCUUUACUGAGAAACUGUAAUAUUUGGCAACUGUAAAAUUAUAGUAGGCCAUACCAAAUUACUGCAAGUAGUCAAGCUGGCACCGAUACAAAGCCUACGUUGAUAUUUGCUGUGGACCUCACUAUGAACCACAAGAUAGUGUUUUAUCUUGCUUCUCCCACUUCUUUCCCAUCAAAUAUAAAAUAACUUUUGCUGCUUCUGGUACUUUCUAAUAUUAUUAUUCAAUUAGCUAUUAAGUGCUGCAUGACCAGGAUUCUGGUGACUCGGAGGGCCAUUAAUACUUUGAUAAGUGUAUUCUCCCUCCCCGCACUCCUUAAAUUUGCUACUAGCCACCACUCAGCAGCUACCUUAAAACAACAGUAAAAGGAAUCUUAACACUGCAUCUUGUGUUUGA